AUUUUGAAAUUGUAUCAUCAUUAAUAUUUGAAAUCCCAAAAAUAAGUGAAAAAUUAAAAUCAGUGUCUGUGUGUCUGUGACAAGAGGUGUUGAAAGUGCGGAAGUUUUGAUAAUUGGUUCCUGAUUGCUCCCCGACAAAUUUUGUUGUGGGGACUUUUAGCAAAAGUUAUUGAUUUUCGGUCUUCGCCAGCAACACCAAAACAUCAUUAGUGCAUGGUUUCAUACAUUGGAUUAUGAUUGUUAAAAAAAGAUGACGCCGUUGCAAUGAGGAAGAUCCAUUAGCGUCAUUGGCUAUGGGACCAGAGGCAUGGGUAUGUGUGCGGACCCUGGGUCUUACCGGCGGUGUCAGGCAUUAAGCCGAACGCGAUCAACGUUCGCCACAAAUAUAGACAACAACAUUAAUAGCAGCAGCAGCAGUAACCACAGCACUAGAACUACAACACCUAAUAAAACGCCCAAUAACAACAACAACAACAACCACAACAAUAUCGAACAACAUUCGACACCAAACCAACAACAGCAGCAGCUGCAACAUAACGACUAUCAAAUUCGAUACAAGUCAUCAGCUCAGAGAACGCGAAUCUCCGCCGCUGCCGCUGUUGCUACAAUAAAAGCAACAACAUCACUACAAAACCGCUUAACAGAUUGUUCCCUAACCACAACGAUACUGGAGACGUUAAGGUAUUAUCGUUCCCCGGUCACAGUGACAACGUCUCGUAUACGAUAUCAAAGGCCGCCAUCACCACUACCACCACCACCACCUGCACCAUCGCCAUCAUUACCUGCAGCGACGACCGUAGCGAAAACACUGCGACAGCGAAAGCUAGCCACAGCUGUAGCACAGGCCCAAAUAGCCGACUCAAUUGCAACCAGCUCAUCAGCUUUCGUGACGACGACAGCGACGACGCCAUUUGUGGCGGAGUUCGCAGCGACGUCGUCAUAUGGAAAAUCAACGAAUACACGGAAUUCUACAAUCACCUCAGCAUCAACGGCAUCGCCAUCGCAAUCAUCUACGUCGUCGUCGUCACCAGCAUCAUUAAUAACUACAACAACAUCAAGAGCAGCAGCAACAGCCGUAUCAUCUCCAUCAACACUAACUCUGCGUUGUCCACAGCUAAGAGUUGAUCCACUCUGUUCGUGGCUCAAAUCUUCGCUACAUCUGACAAUAGUAUUCUUCGUAAUAUUGCUAUUGACCAAAUCAGCCCAUGCCAAUAACAAUAUACCAGAAGAUGCUGUCCAUAUCACAGCCAUACUCGGUGAAGGUGUCAUCUUCAAUUGUCACGUUGAGUUCCCCAAUGAUCAUCCAGUCCCGUACGUCCUACAGUGGGACAAGAAGGUGAGCGAAACGGGUUCCGAUCUACCCAUAUACAUAUGGUAUGAAAGCUAUCCCGAACACAUUGAAGACGGCUACAAGGGACGUGUCUCACGCGUGGCACCGGACUCACCGUUCGGUUCGGCUUCGCUCAAUUUGACCAACAUCAAAGAAUCGGAUCAGGGAUGGUACGAGUGUAAAGUUGUAUUUUUAAAUCGUGAUCCGAAGCAGCAUAAGAACGGUACAUGGUUCCAUUUAGAUGUACAUGCACCGCCCCGUUUUAGUGUAACACCCGACGAUAUAAUAUAUGUUAAUUUAGGUGAUUCAAUUAUAUUAAAUUGCCAGGCAGAUGGCACACCCACACCCGAAAUUCUAUGGUACAAAGAUGCUAAUCCCGUUGAUCCCUCGCCUACUGUUGGCAUCUUUAAUGAUGGCACCGAAUUACGGAUCUCCACCAUACGGCACGAGGAUAUUGGAGAAUAUACUUGCAUUGCACGCAAUGGUGAGGGACAAGUCUCCCAUACGGCCCGUGUUAUAAUAGCGGGCGGCGCUGUAAUCAUGCCGGAUAACGGAAAUGCUAAAAACAUAAAAACCACCAGCAACAACAACCAACAGCAAGAACAACAACAGCAUCAACUAGAACACCAAAAAUCCAACAAGAGUGGUGGCUCAAAUGUUAGGUCCACCGCCAUCUCAACGACUGCUGCGAGCAUCAAUCCCCCAGCAACUGCUCCGAAUAGCAAAAACAAUAACAUCAAGAAAACCAAAACCAACACGGCCCGGAAACUUCUAAAAGCCAAUGAUAAGAAAAGUAGAAUAUUUAUAAAAGUGCCGCCCACGAAUCAAACUAGAAAAGAGGGCGAAAAGGUGAUAUUUUCAUGUGAAGCUAAGGCUAUGCCUGGUAAUGUCACCGUACGAUGGUUUCGUGAGGGCUCACCCGUUAGAGAGGUGGCCUCAUUGGAGACACGCAUUACAAUACGCAAGGAUGGUUCGCUAAUAAUAAAUCCGGUCGGUGCCGACGAUUCGGGCCAGUAUUUGUGCGAAGUAACGAAUGGUAUUGGUGAUCCCCAGAGUGCAUCGGCAUAUUUGAAUGUUCUGUAUUCUGCCAAAGUGACCUUUACACCCACUGUACAAUACCUACCGUUCGGUUUGGCCGGUGUUGUGCAGUGCUACAUUAAAUCGAAUCCUCAGCUGCAAUAUGUCACUUGGACCAAAGACAAUCGUCUGCUGGAACCGUAUCAGGUGAAAGAUGUCGUUGUCAUGGCCAACGGAUCGCUGCUAUUUACCCAUGUCAGUGAGAAACAUCAGGGUCGCUACACCUGUCAACCGUACAAUUCGGAGGGUUCUCAAGGCGCAUCGGGAACAAUGGAAGUGCUGGUGCGUAAACCGCCCACAUUUACGGUUGAACCAGAAUCGCUGUAUCAGCGUAAAGUUGGCGACAGUGUCGAAAUGCACUGUGACGCCGUCGAGGCUGAGGGCACCCAGAAGCCCACCAUCAAAUGGCAGCGUCAGGGUGGCGAACAACUAUCCGACACACAGCGUAGUCGGGUACGCAUCUCUGGGGGUAACAUUACCAUUGAAAACUUGCGUCGUGAGGAUUUCGGCUAUUAUCAAUGCGUUGUCUCUAAUGAAGUAGCAACUCUAAUGUCCCAAACUCAACUAGUUAUCGAAGGCACCCAACCGCAUGCACCCUACAAUAUAACCGGCAAGGCCACAGAAUCAUCAAUCACCCUACAAUGGAUGCCGGGCUACAGUGGCGGUUCGGAGUACAAGCAAGACUACACCAUUUGGUAUCGUGAGGCGGGUGCCACCGAUUGGCAAACAAUCUCGGUCACACCAUCCGGUAGUACAGAAGUAACGAUCAAUGGCUUAGCAUCGGGUACUACCUACGAAUUUCAGGUUGUCGGUCGCAAUGUGCUUGGCGACGGUAUGAUGAGCAAAGUGAUGACCGUGCGUACAGUGGACCUUUUAGCCUAUUUUGAUAUUUAUUUUCAUACCGAUUCAAAAGGAUCGCUUGUUUAUUCGCCACCGAAAUUGAAAUUAAAAGGCCCCAAACCUGGACCACCACGUAACCUAACCGUUACCGAAGUCUCCAAUGGUUUUCUCAUCUCAUGGCAGGCACCGCUGGAACGUGCCCACAUUGUCAAAUUCUACACGAUCAAAUAUCGCACCGAUGCCCAGUGGAAGACGCUGAAUCGGGGCCAAAUACGCCCGGAAGAGACCCAAUAUUUAGUUAAGAAUUUAGUUGGCGGUCGUACGUAUUAUUUUCGUGUUCUAGCCAAUUCGGAAAAAUCUUAUGAAUCCAGUGACGAGGUGAAAUUUCCGGUACCGGCCCGUGUCAAACAUAAAGCAAUAACAGCCGGUGUCGUUGGGGGCAUCCUGUUUUUUAUAGUUGCGAUCAUUUUAUCGGUUUGUGCCGUAAAAAUUUGCAAUAAACGUAAACGACGAAAACAGGAAAAAGAGUUCAACAUGGUAGCUUGCAGGAUAACGGAUGCCCGUAAUAUAGCAGCAAAUAAUCACCAUCAUCAUCCGCAGCAGCAGCAUCAUCAUCAUCAACAACAGCAACAACAAUCUCUAUCACAGCAACAACAACAACAUUCACAACAUCCGCAACACCACCAACAACAACAACAGCAGCAGCAUCAUCAUCUACAACAACAAAUGCAUAAUCGUAAUACGGGCUCGAUUUCCGCUAGUCAAGUGCCUUUAAAAAAAUAUAAACAAACCCGAAUAUCAAGUCUAACAACAAUACUUAUUGCAAUCUUACACUGGAUAUGGCCACCGGAUCGCUGUAACAAUUGCCACUCGAUUUACAGUUCGCCGACAUUGGACGAGGCCGAUGGACGUCGUAAAUCGCUUAGCGAAAUACAACGCUCACGCGAUGGACGUUUUGUGCUGGCCAACAAAACGGGGUCAACAAAUGCUCUGACAAAUGGCGAUGGCGGCAUUGUCGGACUUGAAAAUGGAUCAUUCGAUGAGGUGGAUAAUGUAGAUGUACGACGUAAUAGCAGUGCCUCACAGAAGUCCUCAUCGGAUGAUGGUGGCUUUUUGUCAAGGCGUAAUUUUAUUACGGCCCGAGCCUCUUGGCGUCGUCCCUUGGUGGCCUCACCCAGCCAGCUAAGUUUGCAAUCGGUGGCAGCUGGCUCAGCCAGAGGUCUGUUGCAAGGUUUGGGGGGUUUGUUAAAAAUUGGCGGUGGUUCCUCCGGCUGUCGAGAGGGUGAGAAUCUAUUGUCGGGUGCUCGCUAUCAAAAUGUCUAUGGCGGCAAUAGCAUUUAUCGUAAUUUACAUGGUCAUCAGCACACGGAUCAAUUGGCCAUGGGUCAGCAGCAGGCCCAGCCGGCCAGCAGACCCCUACACAUCAACACCAUUAGCGGGGGCCUGCAAAGUCAUCACAUGCAUCAGGUGUUCUCACCAUCCAAAGUGUCGAGAAUAUUUUCCAGUUCUCCGGCCAGCAGUCCCACUGGGGUUAUUACACAAACGGAUGAGGGUCUGUUGACAUCACCCUGGGCCAUGACCACACCCAAUCAAUCAGCUGGCCAUUUCGCCUAUAAUCCUUUCAGUGAUUUGAGUACUGUAUAUCCGGGUUCCGCUGAAAGAUCUGUGCCCACCUUAACGCCCACUGCCAGUGGUAAUUUAAGUCGUCAUCGUUACUAUAACCAUGAACUGCCCUCGUUGCGGACCAUACAGGAGGAGACAAGGCGUUUGAAUUAUGAACAGCAACAACAACAGCAGCAGCACCACCAGCAGCAGCAACAACAACACCAACAACAUUUGGAUUUCCUACCCUUGCAAAUGGACUCACCACCCUCUUGGCGUAGCUAUUAUCAACACAGCUCGGCCCCGUAUUAUCACAGCUAUCGGCCCAGGACCCGUUGGUAUCCCCGCCAUUACUCGCGUCUCUUUGGAAGAUCUCAGGGAGAUUUAAUGUCUCCAUUGCCUCAUUUAAAUCUUACAUUAAGAUCUAAUAAUCACCAUCAUCUGCAUCAUCAUCACCAUCCACAUGCCUUGGGUUUGGAUGCCUCGCCGGAGUCUCGAUCCAGUUCGAGUGGUUUUGGUUCGAAAAAUACUUCCAAUCAUCCACAGGGAUCACAUCAUUCGGGUAGUACAAGUGAGUGGCGUCUACUGCCGCCAUAUAGGCCACCACCACCGCCGCCAAGUGCAGUGGGAGGGGUAGUGGGAGCGGGAACAGCAGCGCCGCCAGCGGCAACAACAAAUAGUGCCUAUUUUGGAAUGCAGCAAACGGCCAUGCAGCAACAGGCUACGGCCCAACCACAGCAGGCCCAGGCCCAGGUGCCAAUAGCAUCUCAACAACAGCAAUACUCGCAACUUACACCCCAACAACCAGGGCAACAACAAUUACAUUGUAAUCCCUACAACACCCUGCCAUUUUCAUCCACCUAUCAACAUUAUUCACCCUCGAACUAUUUCAGUUCCAGCACCCAACGUACCUUAACACCGCCCUACACCAUGGAACAUUGGCUGGAUAUGAUAACACGCCUAAAUGCAGCCACCGACAAUGUGAAUCUCUCCAAGGCCGUGGAUGUGGGUAGUGUGGAUGGCCAUUAUGAAUUUGAUCCAUCCACACCCACACCGAGUGCCUCCACGCCCACUGGGGGUUUACUGAGAGAAGAUCUCAAUUUACACAUCGACACCACGGGUCAUUUGCAUCCGACCAGCCAACAUCAUACACAUAUGGGUCAUGGCCACACCAUGGGACCGCUGAGUUCUUCGAGUAGCCUGUUUGGUAGUGGCAUGGGUCGGAAGUCAAGACUCCCUGGACGUUAUGAUAAUAUAGAGGCACGUCUCCAGGCCAUGCGUGAGGAGUUCUAUGAAUAUCGCAAACGGCAGGCCAUGCAAAGGGCCGGUGUUGCAGAGUUGGAAAGUGUUUGCUGACAAAGGCCCCUGAGGCGCUAUCGUUGGCCCAGGCAAUGGUGGGAUUUUUGAGAGGCGAGAAAAGAGAGAAAUAGAGAGAGAGAGAGAGAGAGAGAAAGGAAUGCUAGAUAAUGUAACAUAAACAAAUAAGGUUUCAGUUUCUAUUGAUGGAUGGGUGCCCCAAAAACCCCAUACCCUCCCCUCUCCGUUAGGUUGCGGAACAGGUGUGGCUUGACUUUUGCAUAUAGGUUACAGAGAGUGAGAUUUCUCCCAACUUUCCCAGGAAUGCCAUUAAGAAAAAUUUCUCAUUUGUAGGCCAUGGAGAAAAGGACCUAUCAUUCACACCCACACACAUGCAUACAUACACUCAAGGCAUAUAAACAAUCAAAAAAAACAAAAACUAAAUUCUCAACAUCAACAACAACAACAAAUGGAAAACCUCACCUCAAUAUAAAAAUGAGAAAAAAAAAAAACAAAACUUUAAAGAGCACUGAUUUUUCAAUUAUUACAACUCAAAAAACCAAAAAAAGAAGAAAGAAAAACUACAACUACAAAAUCUUAACAAAAAAAGAAAAUAGCAUGCAAGACACACUCAAAAAAAUAAUAAUUAGAUCUAGUGUAUAAAAAUAACAACAACUACAAUAACAAAAUGCAAGGAAAUUCAACAAAUCAAUUCCCUGGCGCCCAACACAAACAAAAGCGGAUAUUUAGGAGAAAAUACAAACAACUCUUCCACGAAUUAUUUCUUUAGUAAAGAACAACAACUACAACAACCCAAAAGCAACAACAAUUCAACAUUUCUUAAAGAAAGUGGAAAACAACUUAGCAAUUUCAAAUUUCAAAGGAAGAUGAAGAUGAGAAGAAAAAACAAAAACAAAAAUUUACAAGAAAAUUUAGGUGAAUGAAUUACAAAAAAAAAAAAACAAAAUUUAAAUAAAUAAAAAAAAACAACACAAUUAGUAGUUAUACCACAAUUUAGUAAGGUAAAGAAAAAGAAGAAAAAAAAUUAAAACAAAACUUAAAAAACUGAAGAAAUUUAACCAAAAAAACCCAACAACAACAAAACUUUGUAAAAUAUUCUAAUUUAUAUCCCCAAUAUAUAAAACAAAAAUUAUAAAUUAAAAAAUAAAAAAUAAUAAAAAAAUCCCCACACAAAAUCCAACCACAACAACAAAGAGAAGACAUGCAGUUUUUUAGUUAACACAAAGUAUGAGAGGAAAUCUUAAAAAUUAUAUUAAAAACAAAAAACAACAACAAAAACAAUUUAAUAAAAAUUAAAUAAUUUGAAAAUAAAUUUAAAUGGAAAAAAACUACCAGCUCUUAGUUAAACAAAAUUAUUAAAUAUUAAUAAUAUUUAAGUUAGUUUUAGGUUAUAAAAUAUUAAAAAAAAACUCAAAACACAAACACACACUCUUUUACACAGGCCUACAGCAACGAAGGGAAGUCGGGAAACUAACAAAGAAAACGAAAGCAAAACGUUAUUUGUGAGUUUAGUUUCCCGGGUUUCCGGUUGAUGUAUAAAAAAUGCCCCCAACUUGCCCCUCACACUUUCUUCAUCCCCAUCUCCCCCCAACCCAGUUUUUAAUCCUUGCCCACAUAUAUAAUAUGCUCCUCCUUAAUAUUACAAAAUAAAAAAAAAACAACAAACAAUUGUAAAUAUUAUUUAUAAUGAAAACGAAAUAAAAAACAAAACCCUAAAAAAUAACUGAAUAUAUAUAUACAUUAAUUAAAUAUUAUGAUUAUUAUUAUUAUUAAUUAAUUAAAAUAAAACCACUGCAAACAAUAGCAAUUACUGAACAUAUUGAAAUAAAACGAAAAGUAAAAAAACAAAAAAACAAAAAAUACAAAAACAAAUUAUAUUAUAACAAGAAGUUAAUAAUAAACAACAAAUUAUUACGAGAAAAACAAAUUGAUUACAAUUAAAAAUAUAAACCACCAUCAUACUAGACUCCGGUUGUCCCCCCCCACCCCCUUAACUCAUCCUUGGUCCUUGCUACCCUAGUAUUUUCAACAAAACAAAAAAACAGAACACAACAAUAAAUAUGUAUUAAUUUAUAAAACCACACCUCACACACACACACACAUCCAGACAUACACAGAAAUGAAACCCAAUUAUAGUAAAAAUGCUACCACAAUACAUAUAUAUAUAUAUAGCAAAAAGAAACAAACAAAAUACUAUUAAAUUAUUUAAUAAUUUUAAACAAAAAAACAUUUGAAAAAUUAUUUUUUUUUUUAUUUUUAUUUCAUUAUUUUAAGGAUGUUAAGGUAAGUCAUUAGCGCAAAUAUCUUGAGUGUAGAACUUCAAAAUUAGGGUCCUCCUGGGUAUAGCAGACACUGAUGUAAACAUUUUAAUUUUAUGUUUUCUAUGAAGCACAGUUUCCCAUGUAACGUUAGGUUAGAUUGAAAACAGAUGUAACCCAUGCAACUUAAAAUUAGGCAUGUUGAAUGCUUCACUGCGGAGAAAGGGUGUCACUAUUUUAACAGAAAAAAAAUUGAAUUCUCUAUUCUCAACAAAGGUAAGGUAUAUUUACCUGAUGUAUCCCAGAUCUGUGAGCACAUCUCUCUAAAGAACUGAUCCCUAAUAUAAGUGAAAGCUAGGCAGAGACAAAGGAAAUAUUGUAACGAUUCAUAUUGAUCUGACCGAACAUCGUAUUCUGUGUAGAUGUGCUUGUUCUAGUUCUGGACGCCCCGUGAUGAACACCGUUAAUCUGCCAAUCUCGGCUUUACUUUAUAAUAGUAAAGUAUAUGAUUGGAUCUUAUUUGGACUCCCUUAAAGGAUCUUGGAGGAUUUUCUUACCUCCAUAUCCCUAAGGCCUUUGCACUUUCUCAAUUUAUGCCUCCGUAAAUACUGUUCAUACCCACCGCCAUAAAAUGUAGGGUAUAUUAAAUGUGUCAUUCAGUUUGCAACAACUCGAAGUAGAAGUAUUCCUGAUGAGCAUUAAAAUAUAAGCCGAUUAAGCGAUAUCCGUCUUUCAGUCCUCCCGCCUCUCCAUUGAAAUCACGAUAAAAUCAACAUUAUUUAAUCUAGAGCUGAAAUUCUGCACAAAAGUUUAUAUUAUAUGCAGACUGAUUGGUAUUGAAAAUGGGUUAUAUUGGUCCACAUUCACGUUGAGUCCCAAUAGAGCUGCACCUCCCGAUUUUCUGUACUUUUAAGGUUUCUGACACAGUCGAAACUUUACAUUUGGGAUACCUGGAAGGACUGUUCUCUCCCUCCAAAAAGUAUUUGCUAUAGGUUCACUAACUAGUAUAGAACCCAUAUAACGGUAUCUCCUGAUUUUCGGUAUUUUGACGAUUUAAGCCACAUUUUCUAACGGAUUCGACUACAACUUUGUAUUUGUGGUUCUUCAUAAAUUUUACAUGGGGUGGAAGAACGUAUUAUGUAUAUAGGUUCAAGUUUUCACAAAAACGCCCAUAUAACGGUACCUCCCCAUAUUCGAUAUUUUGAGGAUGUUAGCUCUUCAGCCCGGACGCACUUAAUAUUAUGUAAUUGUUUACCACUGAUUUUGCCCAUUCGUUGCAUCUUAAACCUGGGUCACCUAGUACGUAUAUGAUGCGCAUUAAUCCAUUCAGAGAGUGGUUUUGAGCAUCAUUUCACCACCGUUCGUGAUUUUACGGAGUUGGCCAGUUCAGAUCCGCAGAGACUUCCGACUGGAGCACCAGAUUUUUGUUUCCAGGUUAAAGAGGUCUAAGCCUGUUAUUUCCCCUUCUUUUAAGCCGUCCUUGAAAAUGUAGCAUUAGGAUUUCAUGCUCGUGAGGAUUCCAUUUUCCACGACUUUGUAUCUCUAUGCAGUUUCCUUUACAGUUGAAAGCACAACUCAGCAAUACGCACCCACUACCAGAACUCAACACUAAAGAUGUCUCGUUCUGGAAUGAACUAGUUUAAAGACGAAUACAGCUCUUUCAUGUACUUAUAUCCUUUUGUUCAUCAUAUUUUUUUCCAAUUUCCUGGUUUUGGGUUCAGUUUCAAAUCAGAACUACUAAACCUAAUCAUUACCUAACCUAAUCGCCGCAUACAAUACUUCUUAUCAUUUAACAUAUGUAAUAUACGACAUCGUCCUCUUAUUAGAGUAGCCCCCAAUGAACUCAUCGAUAGUCGUGUGUGGGGAUUACGAUGACGAUCCUCGGUUUGUAAACGAUUGAAAGAUAAUUGAGAACUCUGGAGAACAGUCUUGGGGAUCACGGUGUUCGGAUUAUAGACAAUCUAAAGAUAAUCGGAAAUUCUGGUAAAGAGUCAUGGGGGACCACGAUUUGUAGACAAUUUCGCUGUCCGGGUUAUAAUCGGGAACUCUGGUGAAACGACAUUCGACUGUCUGAUGUUCGGAUCAUGUAAAAGGAGUAGAUGAUCUGGAACUCGUAUAGGUGCUCGGAGUUUAGUUAGUUGUGUUAUACUACGGUCUACAAUUACCUAGUUGUGGGAUAUUGAGCCCUAAGCUCUUGUGUCAAUUUUUACCGGACUCUCAAGUUGAUGAUUGAUGAUGAUAAUGAGAGACGGGUAAAAAAGACAUUCCCAGCCAAUGAUUUCUGAUAGUCGGAGGAUAAUAAAUAAUUUUAGAAUAUCUCUACGUACCUCUUAAGCAAGCCCCAUCCUGUAGCGAGCCUGUCCAAUCGGGACAGUGCUCGGAUUUCAGUUAGUCGGGUUAUCCUACGGUCUACAAUUACCUAAUUGUGACUUCUAGAUUUCGGUUGGGAUAGUGAGCCCGAAGCUCUUGUGUCAAUUUUUUACAGGACUCUCAAGUUGAUUAGACACGGGUCAAAAAUAUAUACCAAGCCAACGAUUUCUGUAGGUCGGAGGACAGUAAAUGAUUUUAGAGAAUACUACUUACCCUUAAGGCGAGCCCCUAGCAGUUGUAAACCUGUCCCAUUGUAACCCAAACCGAACACUAUACAUUACCAAGUGAAUGAGAAUUAUUUACCUUAUAUGAUAACCGGCAUAUUGCCGAAAGCUGAAUUGUCCGUUACAUGGCAAACGAAUAUUGGAGUGGUUGGUUGCUGCUGUUCUCACUGAUAUCGUUGUAUGUUCUUUUGGCCUUGCCGUUGCAUUUAUGUUUUGACUUUUGUACGUCCUUUAUGAUAUUCACCCAAAUUUUUUAUGGAACUUUUUUAAAAGUGGUAAUAUCCAAAUUCAGAUAGAAGUUCGGCCGGUCUAAACUUAAUUCCUUUUUUAGUUGGUUUAAUUCGUGCUUUUGACCAAUACUUAUUUUAUAUAAAGUCGUCUCAUCACAGUAGUCUGAGUUUUGAAAAAAGAAGAUCAGACUUUGAUAGAUAUUAAUAUUGGAAAUUACAUUUGAUAACUACAGCGGUCUAAAGAAUAAGCCUAUAAGUAUAAAUCACAUUCCGAUGCUCUCUUAUCUUUUCCUCUUGAUGUUAUAUCAAUACCACAUUUUCAACAUAGGGUACUAAAAAUCUAUGCCAGUAAGGAAUUUGCAUUAUUCCUACCCUAUGUAUUCUGGUAUUAUAUUCGAUACAAAAUUUCUGAUUUCGCAUACAGUUAUCCAUUCAAACCUUUAAAAAUUCUCACUAAAUUGUGUCCACUUUUUUCUAUAAGAUUGAAAUAUUAGACCCCUUAUAAAUUUCACUCCAAUGUUUUGUGCCAAUUACUUACCUUAACAUGCCGCCAUAACGAAAUCCCCAAUAAAGAAGGAAAAAAACCCACACACACACACACAAAUAGAUUACCAAAACAAUGUGAGAUAUAUAAAAAGUAAUUAAUUUAAACAAAGAAACAAAAAACAAACCUUAUAAAUAAUUAACAAUUUUUAUGAUUAAAAAAAAAUACUAUUAAGAUUGUUAAAUAGUUAAAUGAAAACUACAAUGAACAAUGAGAUAAAUUAAAAAAAAAAUAAACAACAACUUAUAAAUUUUAAGUAUUUUUCCCAAAAGCAAAUAAAAAAGUGAAUAAAAAUUUAACGAAUAUUAAUAAAAGAAGAAAAAUUGAAAAAUAAAACAAAGACUUAUUAUGAUCACUAAAUUAAAUUACUUUCAAUCGAUUAGAAAUACGAACCAAAAAAAAAGAUGAGAAAAAGAAAACAAUUUCAAUACCAACCACACCGCAAGCCCCUACCAUCUCUCAUACAGAACAACCAACAAGUUUCAUUAUAUUUAAGUCGAAAAAGCAAACAACAACAAAAAAAAACGUGAUUGUCAAAAGAAGAAGAAACAAUGAACACCUUCAUAACACCCUAUAUCCUUUCACAGAUGAUAAUUUCAUAAAAUAUUCUACAUUGUUUUCAAAGCCGUAAAAACCUAAAUCUUAUUUCUCAUUUAAACAAUAUUGGAAACAAAUUCAAUGCAAAUUUUUAAAAUAUUUGCGUGUUUCGAAAAAUGAUUUCUAACUUGACAUAACUUUAGUAGCCAUCUGAACUUGAAGAGUCAGAGGACCCAUUACAGAGUAAUGGAAGUAAGUUACUUUUUUUCCAUUAUCUGUAAGUUGAAAAAAGUUUUUACUUCUUAAAAUCUUUAUUUUUUUUGCAUUGUGAGUGAGUGAGUAAAUUCCGAAUAUUAAGAUCGUCUAUUCCAACAGCUAAAAGUACAGAGUUUUCAAAGACCAACCCAUCCAGAAAAAAUUGAUACACAUUAUUCCCAUUACAAACUGAUGUGUACCAGCUACUCUGCAGGGAGAUGUAGUCAAAAAAAAGUGGCCUUUUUCAACACCGCAAGAAGUUGACUUCGACUUCGCUUUUGACUUCAACAGAUCGUUUAAUCGAAAUUCGACUUACGUAUCCCUCCUGCACACCCAGUCAGAGUGUUUCCGUAGACCAAAACUGUCUACUGGUGUAAAUCAGUUGAACUAGUUCAGUAAAGAGUCGAUCCAUUUUGAAUUCAUAGGAAGAGCAAAUAAACUACCAUCUGACAAUUAAAAGAGCAUAUAUACUAACAACUAACUGAUGACCAAAUGUGACGACCUACAAAGUGAACUAAAACGCUGAAUUAUAGAAUUCCAUCUAGCACACAACUACAUCCACAGGUUGAUUGGUUUUUGUAGUAGUUUUAAUACCUUUAUCAUCUUAAUAAAUAUGUUCAAAAACCCUGCAAGCAUUCGGAAUUGAUAUUUUCAUUCCUCCCUAAGACGCCACUAGUUCGAAUGAACUAUUCCACGAAAGGAACGAUCGGAACUAGACCCAGCUCGUUAGUUCAUCUAGUUCCUUUUACUAUCUAAUCCCCGGAACAUAAAUUUUAGUUAGAAAUAACAAAAACUACGAAGAAGAGAAAAUGAACGAUGAAAAAGAAAGGUUCUAAUGAAGUAUAUUUAAUCGGAACUGUUUGGAACAAAGGAACUACAUUUAGGAAGCAGCUCCUUAUGAGAAAAGGAACGAGAAAGCUCGAUUCGCUUCGCAAACUAAAUUUCAUAAGGAAGUAUCUUCCGCAAUGAGAAAGCAAUAUCAUCCACGAUGAUUUCGCUAAGGCGGGAUAGGUUCUCCUUGCCGGGGUCACCUUGAAAUUGAAUUGCUUGAACGAGAUAGUUACCUAAAUUUUUCAGUAUGAUGAUGAUGAUGAAUAUUAUUAAGUAGGUUCAGUAAUUUAGCUGGAGGACAUAGCUUAUAGGACUAUGUAUGUGGAGUAUUAUGGAGGAGGCCUUCCGUGAACCUGGGAAUUGAGUUGUGAAGAAGAAGUGACGUUAUUCGACUUAUUUGACUAGGCAAUUGACAUAAGACUUUUUUCAUAUGCUCCACAAUAGAGCUUUGUCGCUCCGCAAUGAAAUAGUUCAAAUUAACUAACUGUUGAAAAGGCCACAAGACAACACCUGAAUGAAGGCGCGCAUAUUUUUUUCCGCGAUUUUUCUAGAUUUUAUCCUUUUCUGCAAGAGAUUAUUCGGAAUUGAUGGGAAUUGUGAAAAACGGCCCAGCGGUUCUGACUUACAAUCAGAAAAAAUAUCUAGUUCUCUUUCAUAUAUAUUGCACCUAUUUUCCGAUAUCUUGGCUAUCAGAAUCACCUUAAUGGUCAGAAGUGACCCUUAAAUGUAUUUGCGAUUUGACCGGGAUUAAAUAUAUUCGAGGCUUAGUGGAAAUUUUAGUAGCGGGUAUUUUAUACCCGCUAAAUAUUGUCCGAAAAUAAUUUGUUUUUGGUCCAUUUCAACAUCUAAAUUUUUGGCCCAUUCAAACUUAUAAUACCCCCAACACAUAGUGUUGUAGGGUAUAAAAAGGGAUACAUUAAAAAAAUGAUAGAUGAAUAACUUGGAGAAAAUUAAAGCAGAAGAUAGCAAGAAAUGUAAGUUUUGAUAUAAUAGGAUGGGGUUCUUCCUUCAGUCAUUCUAAGUGAAAAAUGUAAAUUAAAUUUACUUAGGACAUUUGAAAUUCCUUGUAUAUUACUUUUAAUUAAUUAUUCUAUUAAUUCUUGUUACAUAAUAACAAUAACCCGAAAAAGAAAAAAAAAAACACUGCGACAUAUUUUUUAAGAUAUCGCUUCAACCUUAUUUCUUAAGGUGGGGAUAAAUGAAACCCUUUUUCGACUGGCUUUUUCGUAGAUGAACACUGGAAUUUUAGGUUGACUUGCUUUGAUUUUGGGCCUAUGCUCCUUUGUUCUUUACCGUAGAAGACAGCCGAUGACUUAAGCCAGUCUAAAAAGCGUCUUAUGUAUCCUCACCCUUAGAGAGCAUUCUCUCUCCCUCUCUUCACAUACUUUCAUUUGAGUUUUGUAGAGCAUUGCUUCACUCCUUCUGGUUCCUUUAGUUUAUCUCGUUGUUAUUUUGUAUUUUUUUUUUAAUUAUUUCGUUUUUCUUUUAACUUUAUUCACCUUUGUGAUUUUCAGGACUUUUUGCUUCGAGUCAUGAUAGAAUUAAGAAGGUAAACUCUUUUCAAAAAAGGAUAUCCAAAAUACGAUUGAAAAAAAUUAAGGAAACAUUUAAAGGAACGGUUUAGUUAAAUGUAACGACAGACCUAAAAGGAACUAGAUGAACAACCUAGUUGCUGUUCAGAAAAAGGAACGAGAGAGAUUGAAACGCUCAGUGAACUAGGUUGACCUAUUUUACUCUAAAACGUACAUGCCUGAGGUUUUAAUUGAUAGAAGAUAAUAGGAAAUCUGAUGAGAUUAUUUUUCAGAAUGGAAUUUUCCUGGGUACCCUAUAGAGUUUUAUAGGUGUAAGACAUUAUUGAGAUAUUUUAAAAAAUUAAAAUUGUUCAAGAUUUAAUUUUCAAAAAUAUAAGACCUUUGAUUACCUAGUUUAUUUCAAGGAAGAUGUGGAGAGACUUAACAGAGUAAUUUAAUCGGGAUCCAUUCUCUCUCACCCUUUUCACAUAAUUCGGUGGCGUCUGGCUGGACUUUUGUUAAAACAUUCCGGGAUUUGUUCUCUGGAGAAAAAUUAAUUUCCAAGAUUCAAUUUUUCCAAAUAAUUUUUAAAAUUAUUCGAAAAAUGUUUCCAAUAUUGUUUUUUCAAAACAAAACCUUUGAAUCCCCUAAAUAACUUCAAAUACAACUCAAUGUAUAUAAAUAUAUAUUUUUGGUCUUUUUAAAAACAUUUUUUUUUUCUUUUUUAAGUUUUCAUGUAUAGAAGUUAUAUUUUUUCUUUUAAAACUCUUAUUUAAAUAUUUUCCUAAAAAAUUCUGAUAGAAUUUCUAUAUUAAAGAUGAUGGAGAAGAACUAGAUGUAAUGUAAGCGAACAGAACAAGAAAAAAAAACGAUGAUCAUGAUAAUGACGAUGAUAAUGAAAAUAGUGAAAAAUGUUACGAAAGAAAUUCAAAAAUAGCAACAGCAACAAAAAUAGAACACAUUGAGGAAAAUAAACAAGAACAACAACAAGAACAACAAAAUUGCUUGCAAAGACAAAGAAAUUAUGAAAUAGGAUUUAAUUUUUAAUUUUACUUAAAAAUUAAGCACUUAAGAAGUUACAUUACAACAACAACAAAAAAUUGUAAAUUGAACGGUUAAAGGUUUGACACAACUUGACGCCAAAACACUGCCACAGCGAAGAAGAAAAAAAUAAAAAGAAGAAAUAUUUAAUUACUAAAAUUAAAACAACAAAUGAACAGAAGAAGAGGUGAGAGGCCGACGACGAAAAUCGAAAACUAAAUAUAAAAAAAUUUAACAAAAAGUAAUAAAUAUAAUAAUAAUGGAAUACAAAAACAAAGAAAUGGAUAAGGUUUAAAGAAUAAUAAGAAAAUGAGAAAAACAAAAAUAACCUAAGCUAAGAAUUUGAAAUAACAACAGCAACCAAUAUGAAGAGGAUAAUGAGUAUAGGAGAUACUUAAAAGACAAAAAAGAAACAAAAAAACAAAA